AUGCCUCAGAAAUGUAUCGGUGACAAGGUGGAGUGUGAACGCUGUGGUCUGAAGCUCCUCAACUGGACGGACACAGAUGACGCCCUACACGAACACGCCACCAGGAGGACUCACUGCCCAUUCAUCGUCUCCUUGUACCGGAAGCUGGGACAGACUCCGCCUCCAAAACAUCCCCAGUACCAACAUCUACAGGCACGUCUAGACUCCUUCGUUGAUUGGCCGAGAAGAUAUGUGCCCAAAACUCCCGAGGAGUUGGCAGCAGCUGGCUUCUUUUACAUCGGGUCAGCUGACCGGGUCACGUGUUUCCAGUGUGGGAUAACUCUGAGAGACUGGGAGGAAGAACAUGAUCCAGUUGCCGAACAUCAGAGAUACUCGGAACACUGUCAGUUCAUCAACAAGACAGACCUCAACCAACUCGGAGUUGCUUCGAGGAUAGUGGAAGAAAAGAAGACCGAACAAUCUGGUGGUUCUCCAACAAGUGACGCGGGCAGACAGAAGCCUGGUGAACCAUCUGGUGUAAGCCAAGACGCCACUGGUGCUACAAACCACAUACAGGAUACGACAUCAACAGGUGCAAGCCAAGACGCCACCGUUGCUACAGACCACAUACAGGAUACGACAUCAACAGGUGCAAGCCAAGACGCCACCGUUGCUACAAACCUCAUACAGGAUACAACAUCUACUUGUGCAACUAAGCAAGAUAAAUAUGAAACAGACAAUAACUUAACAAGUCAGACAACGACAGAUGACGUGACCACUUCACUGUGCGCUGCAACAACAUCGACACAAGCUGAGGGACAGAACCAAUCUUCUGCACUUCAUGUUCCCACUACAGCAACUUGUUCAGAUACAAAUCUGGUCCUAACAUCUUCUAAAGGCACUAUAUUUCCGGCUUCUCAGAGAUUGGCCAAUGAGAACAAACUUCUGAAAGACAGACGCACGUGCAGGGUGUGCAAGACAGAGAUUGUCAGUGAGCUUUUCCUGCCCUGUGGUCAUCUGGUCACGUGCUCUGCUUGCGCACCCAAAGUGACUAAAUGUUGUGUGUGUGGAAAGACAAUACUUGGAACGGUGAAAGUUUUUUUCUCAUAGCACUGGGGGUAAAAUGUAGUCACAGCGGACGAUUUUGGACAAGCUUUGUCUAAUAACCCCUUAGCCAUAACAUGCAUAUGUUUUGAACCACUUAGUUGCAAUUUCUGCUUACACCAUUGUUAAGCUCCAUAUUGACAUAUAUAGCCUUGAUCCAUUGUCCCCUGGACUGUGUCGGUAGUCACGCCCAUGUCCAGGGCAACGUCAUUGUCUCUUCGUCUGUCCAUUGUUGUCCAUCACUUUAUAUGUGUUACAUUUACAGUGUCAGUCAGUUUGGUAUUCCGAAUGCUGGUGUACGGACGACGAAAACGCCCUGGGGUUGAGCGGGAAUCCGCUCACCUCGUGUGUCUGGGCUGGAAGGUCCGCUCAUCGUUCAGUUGAGAAUGUCAGAUUGUGCCAAAGGUCAGGGCUCCCGUAUAUGUGUAUCCAGAGAUCUCAAGUUCACGAGGAGAAGUCGCCAGUUUUGUUGACUUACUUCAAUAAGCUUCCGGUUUUCAGAAACAUGGUGUUAUAAAUUAUGUUGAAUAAUUAAUAGCAUGGUUUUAAACUCUUAUUGAAAUACUGAUUCAAAUAUGCUGUUGAUCUAUUUAUAUACAAAUGUGGUUUUAUUGACAUAUUUUUUACCUCAUAUUUAUUUAUAUGUAUUUAUAUUUAUGGCAUUUAAUGUUUAAUGCAAUGAAAAGAUUUAUGUUUGUACCACAUCAGUUUUCAUUUCUUUGAUGACAGAGCCGAUUUUGGGAGUUGGACGCAUCCGUCACCACAGCGGGCGGGGAGAUGUGGCGCUCUGGGAUUUUGUAUGAAGACGACAUAUUUGUUUUAGGUACACUUCAAAAACAGAUAUAUAUUGACACUAGAACUAUGAGCCGAACUCUUUUUUU